UUAAAAGUGUGUCUCCGCAGCCCCGGUCCAGCCCUCGGCCGGCGUUUGCUGCGGGCUCCAGGACGGGCACUCCAGCAGCCGGUGCGUCUGGGCUGGGACAGCGAACAUGUUCAGUGUCAUCGGCGACAUAUACACACACGAGGGACCCCAGUAGGCAGGCUGACGUGUCGGGGAGCAGGAAGCCAGAAGUGAAGUGAAGUCGGACAUAAGUGUGCGCACACACAUACGUGUAGCCGGCUGCACGUGUGUGAACUUGAAAAAGAGACUUUAGUUUUGGUUUUUGUUUUGGUUCCUGGGGUGAACUUUCUAUUGAACAUUUUUCCCUCUUAUUUAAUUUUUUUUUUUUGCAUUUUAAAAGAAUUGAAUAUAAACAGUGUGUGAAUCAAACUUUUGAAAGACUGAGGUGUGCAGCGGACGGCAGAUGGAUCCCGUGGCCAGCAGCUGCAUGAGGAGCCCCCACCCCCCAGCCCCGGUCUGGGGCUGCCUCCGAAAUCCCCACUCGGAAGGCAGUGGGGCCUCGGGGCUGCCCCACUACCCGCCAACCCCAUUCUCCUUCCACCAGAAACCAGACUUCCCGGUGGCAGCGGCAGCAGCGUACCCCGACUUCUCGGCCUCCUGCCUGGCGGCCACCCCACACAGCCUGCCCCAGGAGGAGCGGGUCUUCACUGAGCAGCACCCCGCCUUUCCACAGCCCCCCGACUGGCACUUCCCUGUCUCGGAGGCCCGGCGCAGACUCGACCCGGGCCCAACCGGGGGCUCCAGGGAGAUGGGGGCCAGCAGCCCAGGCCUGGUGGACACCACGAGAGGCCCAGGAGAGGACUACGAGGUCCCUGGGAGCACUGCCAACGAGACGGAGAAGAAGUCGACCAGACGGAAAAAGGAGAGUUCAGACAACCCGGAGAACCGAAGGAAACCGGAGGGAGCCAGCAAGGCCCGCAAGGAGAGGACAGCGUUCACCAAGGAGCAGCUGCGGGAGCUGGAGGCGGAGUUUGCUCACCAUAACUACCUGACCCGGCUGCGGAGAUACGAGAUCGCCGUGAACCUGGAUCUCUCCGAGAGGCAGGUCAAAGUGUGGUUCCAGAACCGCAGGAUGAAGUGGAAGCGUGUGAAGGGCGGUCAGCCCAUCUCCCCUCAUGGGCAGGACCCCGAGGAGGGGGACUCUGCAGCCUCUCCAGGUUCCGAGUGAGAUUCUCCGUCGAGAAUAAAAGACUGAGGACUGGGCCCCCCACCCAACGCCCCCGACCCCAUCCCACCACCCUCCCCCACCUACCCCGGGGCAGCCUCGCCACAUCCUGCAGUGACUUUAGGAUAUGAAGCUGACCAGCGUUCCUGGGAGCCUUGAAGUUUUCCAGAAAGUUCUAUCCAGCGUGGCUCUGUCUUAGCAGUGCUCUCCCCAGGGCCUUUGCAUCUCACAAUUCUGUGGAAUCUCCCAGCGGCCAGACCGGACCUGAGUGAAUCCGGGGGACAACACUGCUCCUCAGGGUCUCUCGGCAGCUGCCCCCACCUGCUGCCACCACCCUCCUCCCACCUGCCAGGCCUCCUCCGGGUCUGGACACCACCUGGCCUGCAGGGAGAAGAGCCUUGGGACCAGCUGGUGGCUCAUGAGAGCUAAUGCAUGUAAAGAAAAGGGAUGACCGAGACACACACGCACACACCUAGACCACCUUUCCUUUCUGGCUGUGUAUCUGAGGGUUUGGGGGUCCUGAGUUGUCCCAAAACCCCAGGGGAAGUCAGUGUGAGGAGAGUCGAGGACCGAAAUUCUGCUGCUGCAAAUGAGAAACCAUCCCUGUCUCCCAAUUAGCUGGCCGUUAGGCGGGCAAGUGUAUUAGCACUGGGGGAAGACAGUCAGGGAAACAGGCUGGUGUAAGCGUCUGCAGUCCUAUCGGUCCAUUCACACUGGCUUUGCUGGGGGCGUUGGCGGGGCGGGGGUGAGGAUGGACCAGGAUACCAUCUGCUUCUUCAAAACCAACUUGGGAAUACGGCUGGGACUGUCGAGCAGUGUCCAGAGCAACCGAGCAGCUCUUCCUUUUAAAGCCACAAUUUCUGUGUUGAGAAACCAGCCAGAGGCGCACAUCAUUCAUUUGCGGGCUGGAAAGUGUCCACUGUGUUCUAGGGCUGCUGGGUGACGGCCUAGAAAUGUGGAACCCUGGAGAGGCAGGUUCUCCAGCUGCAGUGUCCUGUGCUUUCAAAAGACGCUGACAGCAAAAGGAGGCAGAAAACAAAACAAAACAUUCACUCUUUCUCCAAAGGAUGCAUUUGAGCCCCACAGAUGCUGUUAUCGGGGGAGGAGCUGCUCAGUUUAUAUGCGUGCACUGCCCACGUUCUCUGGGGUGACACUCCAGGACCAAUGGCCAAACAGCCUGGGGCCACCGAAGCCUUGGAGAGACGCCCUGCCUGCCCAGUGCUCUGUCCCCCAGUACCAGCUGCUGCCGCACAGGGAGGUCAGCAGGAGUUUGGAUCUCUUGUAUGUAUAUUUAAUCGUCCACUUGUAGAAAGAACCCCACCUCCCCAUCCCAAAGGACAGCUGUCGUGGAAAAUGAUUGCCAAAUGAGAUGCUGGUUAGAGCAUGCGUCAUUGUUUCUAAGGCAUACUUCAUAUAUUUUCUUAAGAUUAUAUCAAGUUAACUGUGCAAGGUCAAGUCACUUAGUAAGAAAACUCUUGGAGAAAUAAAAUCAGUUACAAAGCAAAGUGCCCAAGCCUUCUCCCGUGCACAGCUUAGAACCUCGGCUCUGAGUGCACCCCUCCAAUGCUCCCACGGUGAUGGGCCAAUGUCUAGAAGCAACGAAAAAGGGGAAGAAGUCGUCUAGAACCAGGAAGCCCCUCUUAGGUCCUUUAAAAUGUGGGGGUAUGAAUGUAAUCAUUGCAAAAACAAACAAACAACAACACUGUUUUUCCAUGCAACUGUAUUGUCUUUACCCCUCCUUGUAAAAUGUUAGCUUUCAGCUCCUCUGCCCUAUGGCUUAUCAAACAGUCAAACUUCUGUAAACAAA